CCGGAAGUAGAUGUGCCUCACGGAAGCCGGCUUUGGCCCUGCGGCAUCUGCCGUCGCCGCGGAGAAAUUGUUGGUGCCGGCAGCCUAGGAAUGACUCUCUUCUCAGCUUCUACGCUCACCUGGUCAGAAUCCUUGGAUGAGCCUGUGCGACCCUUCCUUCUAGCACUGUGGUUGGGAACCAGUGGCUUUGGGACUGUAAGAGGAUGGACAAAGAUUCUCAGGGGCUGCUAGAUUCAUCCCUGAUGGCAUCAGGCACUGCCAGUCGCUCAGAGGAUGAAGAGUCACUGGCAGGGCAGAAGCGGGCCUCCUCCCAGGCCUUGGGCACUAUCCCUAAGCGGAGAAGUUCCUCCAGGUUCAUCAAGAGGAAGAAGUUUGAUGAUGAGCUAGUGGAGAGCAGCCUGGCCAAGUCUUCUACUCGGGCAAAAGGGGCCAGUGGGGUGGAACCCGGCCGCUGUUCAGGGAGCGAACCCUCUUCUAGUGAGAAGAAGAAGGUAUCGAAGGCCCCCAGCACUCCUGUGCCUCCCAGCCCAGCCCCUGCCCCUGGACUCACCAAACGUGUGAAAAAGAGCAAACAACCACUUCAGGUAACCAAGGAUCUGGGCCGCUGGAAGCCUGCAGAUGACCUCCUGCUCAUCAAUGCUGUGUUACAGACCAAUGACCUGACAUCUGUCCACCUGGGUGUGAAGUUCAGCUGCCGCUUUACCCUUCGGGAAGUCCAGGAGCGCUGGUACGCCCUGCUGUAUGAUCCUGUCAUCUCCAAGCUGGCUUGCCAAGCCAUGAGGCAGCUGCACCCAGAAGCCAUUGCAGCCAUCCAGAGCAAGGCCCUAUUUAGCAAGGCUGAAGAACAGUUGCUGAGCAAAGUAGGAUCGACUAGCCAGCCCACCUUGGAGACCUUCCAGGACCUGCUGCACAGACACCCUGAUGCCUUCUACCUGGCCCGGACUGCCAAGGCUCUGCAGGCCCACUGGCAGCUCAUGAAGCAGUAUUACUUGUUGGAGGACCAGACAGUGCAGCCGCUACCAAAGGGGGACCAAGUACUGAACUUCUCUGAUGCAGAGGACCUGAUAGACGACAAUAAACUCAAGGACAUGCGAGAUGAAGUCCUGGAACACGAGCUAACAGUGGCUGACCGGCGCCAGAAACGAGAGAUUCGGCAGCUGGAGCAGGAACUGCACAAGUGGCAGGUGCUAGUAGACAGCAUCACAGGCAUGAGCUCUCCAGACUUUGACAACCAGACGCUGGCAGUGCUGCGGGGCCGCAUGGUGCGGUACCUGAUGCGUUCCCGAGAGAUCACUCUGGGCAGAGCAACCAAGGAUAACCAGAUUGACGUGGACUUGUCUCUGGAGGGUCCAGCCUGGAAGAUCUCCCGGAAGCAAGGUGUCAUCAAGCUGAAGAACAAUGGUGAUUUCUUCAUUGCCAAUGAGGGCCGGCGGCCAAUCUACAUUGACGGACGACCUGUGUUGUGUGGCUCCAAAUGGCGCCUCAGCAACAACUCUGUGGUGGAGAUAGCCAGCCUGCGGUUUGUCUUCCUCAUCAAUCAGGACCUCAUAGCUCUCAUCCGGGCUGAGGCUGCCAAGAUCACACCACAGUGAGGGGUGGUGGCAGACUUCUAGGCUCUCUCUGGCCUUAGUUUUCCCUGCCAUUUUAGGCCCCUUCAGCUGGGAACUCAGGCUUAUGGAAAAGCCUGCCCAGAGUGGACAGCAGGAAACCCAACUGCUGGCCUCUGGAUUUGAGCCUUUGAGGGAGGGUGGGGCUGGGCACUGGAAGCCAGGUAGAGGCUGGGACCUUCUACCUUCCUGAGAGCCAGAACCCCUUCCCCUCCUCCUCUGCAGACCACCCUCCUCUUCCCCCAAGAUUUCCACCUUCACUCCUAUGUCUCUAGCUGAUUAGCUUCAGACUUUUCCUUUGUUUUUUUUUUUUUUUUGUAAAUAAAAAGCACUGAGUUCCAAAGGUAGUUU